AUGUCUCGAUCAUCCAGCCCUGAUACCCACUGGGAUCGACUAGAGACCUGGCUGAGUGCCCUGACUAGCACCCUUAUUCCUGAAGCCGCCGGGGACCUGCAGAACAUGAGCCGGGAACAGCUCGACGACAACCUGAGCACCUUGAUGGCCCACGAUCCGACACAGGACUACAGCCACAAAGAGCUGGCCAAGAUCGUCGGGUCCCUGGCCCAUAACCUCCUCGGCCAGGCAAAGCUGAGUGAAGCAAGCAUCUCCCGCCGGGAACAGGAAGCAGCAGCGCUGAAGCUCCAGGCUGAGGAAGCUCAGAGAAACUGGAUGCGCGCUCAGAGUCAACUGGACCAGCUAACCUCGGAGACUCAGCACGAGCACAGGACAGCGGACGAAAAGGACCCAGAGCUGCAGGAGGAAGUAGAGAGACUCCAGAACGCCCUGACUGAUCUCCGUGUAGAUACAGCACGACGAGAGCAGCAGGAAAAGGACACCAGAGAGGAGCUGAGUAAAAAACUCCAGCAAGCUGAGGCUCUCCUGAGGAGAGCAGAGACUGAACUUAAAGAAAGAGAAGCCAGGGCCAAGGCCUGUGAGGGCCACCUGCAAAGUGCCCGGGCUGAAGUCAGUGCCCUGGCCCAACAAAGAGACUAUUUGAAAGAAGAACUUGACACAGUUCACCGAGAGCUUACACAUUCAUAUAGACUGCAAAGUGACUCUGAAAGGGAAAUGCACACCACAGAAUUUCCCCUAACCAGUAGACUGAUACCUCCUAGACAAGAGAGCCCACUGCUCAAGACAUCACCUGCCAGCAUUCCAGAACCUCCAGCAGCAGAAAGGGGGUGGGAGCCUUUCCAAAGGCUGUCUUCCAGUCACGGUGUGUCACCUAAAGAAUUGGAUAAGCUGGCUAGAAACAUUCCCACUUUCACUCCAAGUCCUGCAGGAGGCCACGAUGUGCACGACUAUUUAAAAGACAUUGAUUUUCACUUGCAAACUGUUGCCAAUGUUACCACACGAGACAGACUUUACCUGCUCAGAAUCACCGCCAGCCGUGAAGUCCGGAGCUUUCUAGACCGACAGCCAGAAACAGUCAAAGUGGAUUACCAGCAACUGCAGCAGGCUUUGAUUAAAGAAUUCUCUGACCCAGAAUCAGAGCAAGGGCUGAUUACGGCCAUGGACCUUAAACAGGGCAGACAGGAAGCCACGCAGUCUUUCUACAACAGGCUCAGACAAGCAUACUUCGGAGCACGGAAUGAGCCAGGAAUGGAAGAAGAAUUCAAUUUCAAAACUCUGUUCCUCCGGAACCUGCACCCAACAGUGAGUCACCAUUUGGGGGUUCUGGCUUGCCCACGGACUAUGUCCACCCAACAGCUGCGAGACUUAAGCCAUAAGGCCUAUGCCAAACAAAGAACUGCUUCUGAAAAGAUGGGAAAACCCCCCACAAUCUAUCCUGUCACUAAUCAGAGUUCAGAACUUGCCCUAGAGGGUGCCGAGCCUCGCCACAGCAAUUGGAGUCAACGGGGUGCAAAGGUCCAUGAACAGGUGCACUGCUGCCUUUUAACCUUCAUGAUCCACCUGCCAUCUAACCAUCAGGAUCCACCUGCCAUCCGGCCUUCACCACCCACCUGCCAUUUAACCAUCAUGAUCCACUGUUGUCUGAUGAUGUCUCAAUUCAGAGCAUCUUCAGCCAAAAAGGGGGAGUCUGUAACGUCUGUGUAA